CGAAAAUGGAUUGAUAAUCACCAUACAUGGCCAGCCUUAACACCCCGGAAUGCCCUGUGAUGAGUUCUCGCCCUUCGAUGAGUUGUGGUAACUCGUCCUCCAGUGGACUGGCCAUCCAGGGACAUUCGCAACGACCCAGUCAAACCGAUCCUUCAGCAGUCGAACAAGCAGCCCAAGAUUCCGUUAUAGACCUGACAAAUAGCGACUAUGAAACUUGCGACGCUAAUCGGGCGACCAAGCGCCAGAAGUUGGACCUAAGAAUCGACGUACCAAAUACACAGAGAGCGCCAAAGGCUCGAUUUUCUCAAGCAGUUUCCAGUCCUUUUGCUUUACAAGACACGGUGCCACCAAUCCGGACAGGUAGACCCUUCUGGGAUUUUGGUGAAGAAGUAUCUGGAUUCGGCUUUCAAGGAAGCUUAGAGUCCGAAAUUCCGAACGAUGAGCCCGAACAGCCCGACUCGCUGCCCCCAUUGCCGGUGCGUCCGUGGAGAUACAGACCUCAAGGGCACAGCUCCAGAGAAGAAACACCCCGUGUUAAUCAGAAUGCGGGUGCCGAGGUGCAAACAACACCUUUCUGCAUCGAAGUACCCGAGGCUGCCCCGAUUUUCGACUCAGGCAAACCUUUGGAUUUCUAUCCCUGGAAAGGAGAUCAUCCGGAAGACUCGUUGACAGAUCAGACCGCCAAACAAGGUUAUUACGACCGUGUACAGGUCUCGCAGAACGAGAGUAAUACUGCUAGACCGUCACUUUAUGUCCAACUUAAACAUCGUUCUGGGUUAAAGCUUCUAUCAUCCGUUUUUACUGCGGCAAUCGACAAGCGACAAUCUCACUGCAGAGUGACGGGAUUUUCAACUUUCAAACCUCCUCCUCGUGUUACCCUCACUGAUAUCAAACGAGAAACUUGGCUACGAGAUUUGGCGAAUCCUUCGGUCCCUCUUCGAAGGCUAAGCCGUACGAUACCUCAUGGAAUCAGAGGAAGAAUCCUUCUCGAUCAAUGUGUGAAUAAGGCAAUACCAAUUGGUAGGGCUGUGUGGCUAGUAAAGUGUGUCGGUGCGAAUGAGAUUCGCGCUUUUAAAAGAAAGGGGACAUCGGCAGCUAUUACGCACAGCCUCGAGGUUAAAUGGGUGCGAGAUUGGAGCAUCAAUGUGCACCAGUUUAUAGAGAGUGUCGUUACUGCGUGUGGGACACCAAAUUGGGCAUCUACGAUGUCAUAUGUCAUAAGAUUCGCGGCACGACUGUUUCAGGAGCAGCUCCUCGAUCAAGCGUUGUGCCUGGACUGGUUCCUUCAGUCACUAAGGACAGCGCCGAUCGGAACCCUUCCCAUAUGGCUAUCGAUGCUCGGAGCUUACUGGACAAGUCUCGUUCGGUAUCGAAAGAGAGGGCGUCCACUCGCAGAGUCUUUACUCGAGAAGCUGAAAACGAUCCUAUCACUCGAAGAUUCCGGUCCCAAGAAACAGAUUGCCGACCGUCUUUCAUGGUUGAUAAAAACCUUCGCCGAAUCACACCCGGCUUGUUUCGUCCUACCGCUGACUUGGAGAACGUACAAAAGCACAUUAACUACGUGUUUUUGCCUUCACCUUUCAGAAGACAACAGAAAAAUUGGCGCAUUGUCCAACAGGAACGAGAGAAUCGUCAAAGCUGAAAUAUGUCGUCAAAGUGGCCGCCAAUCACCAAGCCAGCAGGUUAUCUGCUUGCUCGAUUCCGCCGAUUCAUUGAACGAUAUGGAGAUACUUUCUUCAGGGUGUCUUAAUCUGCAUUUCGACCAUGGAAGUUUAAUUAUGAAGAUUUUGGAAUGGGUCUCAACAAGUUUUCGCCGCGGAUCUGCUCGAGUAUACGUGGCUGUGCGACUAUUGCGGAAAUGGAGGAGAGCUGGUAUGGAUACGGACAAUUGCAUUGUCAAUUUUCUUCAGCAAAAAGCGGAUACACCAGGGUUUUCGCCCGCGAAUAUCUAUCAUCUAGUUUGUGAGCUCGUCCGCUCCCAGUCUUUUGCGGUAGGCAAGUACCUGCAGUGGCUUAUGGCCAGAGGCGCUGUGAGGAACGACGCGCCAAUGCACCCCACUGUACAGCUCCUCGCUCACCUCCCGCGUCGAAAACUCCCGAGCCAUGUUUGGAACCUUCGAAAUACCCUUCUUACGAAAGCAGGCUUCUUAUUAAGCUCCGAAAACCAGCAAAUACUAAACACCAAACGCUAUAUCCAUCACCGACUGCCAGAGGUCAUUACAAAGCCGAUAGCUGGUGAUAACGAAGGAUUAUUUACUCCAUCCGACCUCUCAAACCUCAACUGGACUAUCAAAUCUGAAAUUGGGCAUUGGAUACGUGAACACGUUUCUUUGCAUCGCAAACGAUAUCUGAGAACUGCUCCAAAUCAUCACAAUGCCUGCGCAAUCGAAAUCUCCGCUCUAACACCCGCUCAAUUUUUUGAGAUCAGAGACAUCAUUGAAUGCCUCGGAGACUUGUCACUUUUGGCAGAUAUUCUGAAACAUACCUCGAGUUCCGACAAUAUCAUCGUACUGAUAUCUGCUGUGGACACCCUGAAUUAUUGUGCCGACUCUUUCAAGGCCAUAGGGGCUUUAAGCGAUCUUUUCAAGAGCGCUCUGGCUGGUUACGCACACGUCAACAAGGCGGAUGUUUCAAUAAUAGAGUUGAUAUCGUCCCUUCUUGAAGUUGGGAUGAAGUUGCCAGGAGAAAUCCCGGUAGUGGCAAUGCUUCGCCGUGACCUUUCCCACUUUGAUAAGAAGUUUACUGGAGCGGUUUCUUCCCCGGUUUCUGAUCAUACCGGAGAGUCAGUCAAUAUAGCCAGCCCGGCAUUCUCUGAAGGUUUGCAUCAGCUGCUCAAUUCAGGAAGCGGCAUGGAUGAGCCAAACAUGAAUAAAAUAUUUGAUAUGCUAAGUCGGAAGCUUAAGCAGUCGAAGGAGCCGAACGCUUCAUCCCACGAGAUCGCCAGACAUCUAUCCCAAUUGCGAGUUCUUAACUCAGAUGUUUUUGACAGAUUAAUGGUUAAAUGGAUUAUCUCAACACUGAAGUCUUCGCCACGACCACACCUUUUAACAUUCCUCCCGCCUCUCAUUGGAGUUGGCUGCGUCACGUUCGAAGCAUUUUUUGCCCUUAUCGACAGACUGUUGAAGUCUGAUUCGCACCGACAAUCAAUACAAGACGUAUCUGGGCUUCGCUAUGAAAUGAUCAAUCUACUCCGGAAGGAAAUCUUUUAUGAACUUGGCUCCAUCGAUCUGGUAUCGUACCGCUUUAAAACUACCAGGGAAGAGUACAUAACACACCACGCGUAUGACGCUCUAGGCCUCGUCAAUGAAGCUUUGGCAAACGUCAACCCGGAAAGCACCUCCAAUCCGCCGCUGGUGCCUCUGCUCUGCGAGUUGAUCAUUCAAAACUUGAAUGCAUUCGGGCCUGAGGGAGCCGGUCGGAUCGUGGAAGAGUUCCCGAAUUGCGUGGAUAUUAUUCACCAGGCUUUAGACGUUCUUCUAGGGCUAAAAGCACAAGUUGGCGUGCAAAAAACACAAAGCGUAGUUGGGCUGAUCGACGAUCUUUCCCUCUCUUAUUGCCUGGUUAAACUACGGCUCCUUCUCGACGCUAACCCGGAUGGGGAUGCUGCAAGAAGCAGCAUUGUCGAUUUGUUGUUUAGAACAGCAGAAUCUGACAUUCGUAACGGCGAACGUCGCUGGCUCGAAGUUUUGAAUGUCUUGCCAGUCAGCGCCGCUCAUCUGAUUAGGCAGCGCGCAGAACGUGAAAUCCUGAGCCUUUCGCUCAUUUCCAGCAGCUUAACGACCUUUUCCAGUGAAGAGGAUGCAUUAAUUUAUCUUUGCAUAGUUGAAGAAUUGUCGUACUCGAUUCCGGACGAGUUUUCCCCGUCCUCGAUGGGCGCUGAUCUCGGUGACAAGAUGUUUCUGCUUUUACAGAAAACGGUAGAACUCGCGAACGCCAAGAAAGGAACUGAUCUGGAGUCCGGUGCAAGCUCCACCGCUUUAGGGGUCGCCGAACUCUCAAUUGGCGUUUGGUUCUUUGUCCUACUUCGCCUAGUGGCUCUCCAUCGUUCACUAGUCCCUCCAAACUGCGAUUCAAGGACGGAAAUUAAUCAUCAAACUCGACUUCUGGUCCAGAUAUGCUGCAUUUCAAGAUCACCACUCUUUGCUCGCCGCUCAACUCAAAGUUUUAUCUCGUCCAUUUCGACCUUUACGAAAUGCGACAGUCUCCUCCGCAUGCUACCGAGCUCGUGGGCUAAUUUACAGCUCCAAGCCCUUGAUGUCUGUUCUACCCUGGUGGACACUCUCUCUGAUGAAGCGCGAUAUGAAUGUGCCCGCUUUUUGAGAGACAAGUGCCCAGCAUUUCUUCAUCCGCAAAACGAUGCACGUCUCCUAUUUCUUUUCGGGCCUAUUAUUGAAAGCCAAUCGAUUACAACCCACGGGAGCUCCCGAGCUUCUACAAGUACGCCGGUUACGAACCUCACACAACAUGUACAAUCUACCCCGCCCCCGAGCCAAAACACUCUGACACCCGGCAUGGUGGAAGAGCCUAAUUUAUUUACAAAUAAACUGCGUUUUCAACAAAACGGACGAAUCACAGGCCCAUAUCCUCCGAAACCAUGGGAAAUGCUAGGAGAUGCAGCCCCUAUUAUAGGUAUCAACGACACGCCUGUGAACUUGGCUUAUUUUGGCACAAGACAAUCCAAGCGGCUAUGAUCAGCAUGAUCAUAGAAAUCUCUCUCCAUAUCUUUGAUUAUCACUCUAUAUAUAUAUAUAUAUAUAUAUAUAUAUAUAUACACUGUCUUAUUUGUGCUACUAGUAUCCCUGAUCCUCCCCUUUUGAUAAUUCCGGUAAUCUUGAGACGUUUUCUGAUGGGCAUUUGGUCACCGUGAACUCUGGGUUUUGUCCAGGGAAAAUCAUAGAUAUCUGUUUAUUUUGGUGCCUGGUUUUGAUAAGUGGGUUCCUGGUUAUGAUGACAUGGAAUUAGUGACGUUCGCGUUGGAGAAAGAAUUCAAUACCCAUCUCAUUCAUCGGCAUCGCUUUGCAUUGCAUUUUUCGCUUUAGGUUCCGUUAGUAGCAUAACUUCCUGUUAGUUGAUAGGCGGACGUAUUCCUGUAUAUACAUACUUGCUCUAAAUGCAUAUACUCUGCAUAUAGCAACCACUAAAA